CGACAACGACCUCUCGUUCGUUCGACAAGUUCCCUUUCCUUCCCGCCUCAACCACACCGCACCACUCCCCCGGCGGGCCUCUCGUACUCUCACCACCGCAUCACCUCCAGCUGAGUCCGACCACUCACUGCCGGCGUACUCCCACCCCUUCAGCCCGGCCGCGCGACGCCACGACCUCCGCCAGCAACACUCAUUAUACCCGGACGACCUAUUCACUUAGCUCCGUCCACGAGAUACACCGCGCGAGUCGACCAUCCGCUGUCGCAUACACGUCGUGUGAAUUUACCACUCGACCACCGCUUCAGCCGGCCCAACAGCCGACCGACCGACCGACCGCAAACCUCAAAAACGCACGCACAAGACGUCACCUCAGUGACCAGCCGAUUUCGCAUCUGCCAAAUCCUGAGCAAACGAUAGCAACAUUCACGACUACAUUCCUACGCAUCUAGAUCACAAAUCGCAUCGCAUGGUCAAAAGCAACUAGACAGCGCACCUUCACUGUUGCGCUUUGGUCUUUGUUUGCGCGAAGAAAAGAAACGGCCGUGCUUCCACGCCGUUUCUUCGCUUCAUCUCCCUCCGCAAUCAUGCCCGGCUACUACUCACGGUCCAUGGCGGGCCAAAUGCCACUCACACCACCUGAUUCUGGUAACGGCUACGCGUACAGUAAUGUUCACUACCCGCAAGACCCAUACGCACAGCCGAGUCAGCGAUGCCGCCAAGACACCUCUUUCGACUACCAGCAAGGAGGAUAUUUGCAGACGGCCAUCCAGCCCACGCACCCGACUUACCAGUACCAGCCCAGCAGCUACCAAGCAUCGACGACUCUCCCUCCGAUUCAAGGCUACUACGAACCCAUCGGCGCACCGAUCCUCCCGCCUCUGCGCAUCAACGACCGCGUUCCAUUCGUCGACGACUACACACGCCGUGUCCAGCAAGAACAGCAAGAUGCAGCCGAGCGAGAGCAGCGCCAGGCCAAGGAGGAGAAGACGACCGGUGGAGUGUCCGCCAAGCUCGACUACGAAAUGGAGCGCAUGACCGAUUUUGUCACCGAGGCGGCUCAAUCAAUGUAUGCCUUCCAUGUGUCCCCAAUCUGCCUCGCAGAUAUUGACAUGACUCGAAGCUUUCAACACCAGAUGCAGAGCCAACCGUCUUUUCGAAAAUGGGUGCACCAAGUGCUUUCCGCGACAAGACUACCCUCAGCAACGAUCCUGCUCGCCCUCCACUACCUCAACGAUCGUGUCGCGAACUACCCAGAUUCAGUCCCUCAGGGCGAGAACCAAAUAUAUCGACUGCUCGCUGUUGCACUGAUCCUCGGCAGCAAAUUCCUCGACGACAACACCUUCAUCAAUCGAUCAUGGUCUGAUGUCACCGCGAUCAAGGUUUCCGAGCUGAAUGCGCUGGAGAUGAAGUGGCUCCACCUCAUCAACUACGAGCUGCACAUUGAGCCGUCAACGCCGAACGGUCUGCAGGCUUGGAUGGAUGCCUGGCAAAAGUACAACUCAGAGUACCUCGCCAAGCAGGAGUACGCGGCUAAACAGCAGGCUGCGAGAUUGUCGCCUCUCAACACGAACGUGCACCGGCACUCGAGCAUUCCUCGCGAUCGACUCUCGCCGUACCCGACACCAUCCUUCUCGUCGUCACGUUCGUUCGAUACGCCUCUCUCCUCUCGCUCGUCACAGUUCUCUACGCCAUACACUGCGAGCGAUCCAUGGGCGACAAACGAGGAGUACUACAGGCAACAGCAAAGCUACCCGUCCUUCAACGGUCUUGAGGAUAUUGCCCGCAAGGUCUCUCCAGGUCGCAGCUCAACUCAAGCCGCGUACCAGUACGCGCCAAGUGCACACCCAUCCUACUACCAGACUCCAUCGUAUGGAUCUGCGUGGGAUCAGAGCUCUUGGACCGGUAGCACUCAUCGAUACGAUUGCAACUGCUCCCAGUGUUUGUACCAGCAUCACUACCGGCAGUGGCCCAUCACCUCUGGUUACGCGGCGCAGACCGUGAUGGGAUAG